GACCCAUUGACGAGAAGAAAAACAUAUUGAACAAGCGAAUCAAGGGAAAAUUAAAGAGUUGGAAUUAGGGUAAUCCAUUAAAGAAUGCAGGCGGUGAAAGAAACGGCGGCGAACAUCGCGGCGUCGGCGGUGUCGGGGCUGGACAAGACGCUGGCGGUGAUAGAUGAAAAGGUUGAGAAAAUCAGUACAAGCGAUCCAGUCGAAAAGGACAUGGCUACAUUAAGAAAAGAAGACAGGAUCAGGAUGGCUGAGCUCCGGAAACAACAGGCUUAUUCUCAGAACGCUGCUGCCGCCUUUGGCGGUGGUGCUCCUGGUAGUCCGACCUACACCGCCGCUGGUAGUGGUCACCCAGAAAAAAACCCAUUUCAUAUAACCAAGGCUGAUGUUUCCAACGCAAAUAAACCGGCGGAACAAACCACCACUGUACAAUCGGCAAUGCCAGCUACAGCGCAACCCACAAAUUAGACACAAUUGAUGUCGAGCUAGCAAUGAUACGAGGAUUGAUGGGAGGAGGAUGAUCAACGAUUGGUGUGAGAAAAAGAAGCUUAAUUUGUUGUAACUUGUUUAAAUGAUGAUUUUGCAGUUUCUUUGAUGUCUUUAUGUUUUUGUAAUUUGUAAUAAUAAGAAACCAACAAAUAUGCAGGAUGAUUGCUGCGAUAUUUA